UCUGGGCACAGGUGUGUGACACUGCAGAGUGGCACAGGUGGGUGCACUGCUGGGCACAGGUGGGUGAUCUGCUGGGCACGGGUGGGCGGAGCUAGUGGGGGCACUGCUGGGCACAGGAGGGUGGAACUUGCUGGUGGCACUGCUGGGCACCGAUCAUCAGGGCACUGAUCAUCACUUGAGGAAAGUGCAGCCGAGAACCGGCACUUGCAUUUCCCUGUGAUCAGCGUGUCAUUGGACACCGCUGAUCACGUGGUAAAAGGCCGCUGUGAUUGGCCUUUUACCACAUCACGUGAUCAGCUGCGUCUGUAGGACACAGC